CUCCAGGAAGAGGCGGAGUCGAGGUGAGGGAGUGAAAUGUUUAAUUCAGGAAUGGAUUUUGGAGUUUGUGGGUAUUGAAGAAAUAGAGGACCUCACGCCUACGGGCCUAGAGAGUCGACACCGUGGAGCCCCGCCAGACCCGGGACCUACCAUUGAAUAAAUCCAGUCCAGUGUGCGGCGAUCCACUGGCUUCAUGGGGUCGCAGCCGCCGCCAGGGUCUCCGCUGUCUCGCGAGGAGGGUGAAGCACCUCCGCCCGCUCAAGCUCCGGAGGGUAGGCGGAGAAGUCGCCGGGUACGCCUUCGCGGAUCCUGCCGUCACCGACCUAGCUUUCUUGGCCGUCGGGAGCUGGCUACGAGCGCCCCAGCCGGGCCUGCGCCGGCGUCCUCUCAGAUAAUGGCAUCAGCUGCUAAGGAAUUUAAAAUGGACAACUUUUCACCUAAAGCUGGCACUAGCAAAUUGCAACAGACAGUACCAGCUGAUGCAUCUCCUGAUUCUAAGUGUCCUAUAUGCUUGGAUAGAUUUGAUAAUGUGUCUUACUUAGAUCGCUGCCUACAUAAGUUCUGUUUUCGCUGUGUACAGGAGUGGUCAAAAAACAAAGCUGAAUGUCCACUAUGUAAACAGCCUUUUGAUUCUAUUUUCCAUUCUGUGAGGGCAGAAGAUGACUUCAAGGAAUAUGUCCUAAGGCCUUCAUACAAUUUUGCCACCCCUGAUGCUCGACAUUUUCGCUACCGUACAACUAUGACAAGGGACCGAAAUACUUCUGUUUAUUCACCUAGUACUACCAUGAAUAGAAGAACAACAACUCCACCAGAUAGUGGAGUGCUAUUUGAAGGGUUAGGCAUCUCAACAAGACCUAGAGAUGGUGAAAUUCCUCAACUUAUGAGACAGAUUGCAAUAAGGAGGCCAACUACUGCAGAUGAAAGAUCUUUGCGGAAGAUUCAAGAGCAGGAUAUUAUUAAUUUUAGACGAACUCUGUAUCGUGCUGGUGCCCGUGUUAGAAAUAUUGAAGAUGGUGGCCGCUACAGGGAUAUUUCAGCAGAAUUUUUCCGUAGAAAUCCAGCUUGCCUUCACAGAUUAGUUCCCUGGUUAAAACGUGAACUUACAGUUCUUUUUGGAGCGCAUGGAUCGUUAGUGAAUAUUGUCCAGCACAUCAUCAUGAGUAAUGUUACUCGCUAUGACUUGGAAAGUCAGGCAUUUGUGUCUGAUUUAAGACCAUUUUUACUUAACCGGACUGAGCAUUUUAUACAUGAAUUUAUCAGUUUUGCUAGAUCUCCUUUUAACAUGGCAGCUUUUGAUCAGCAUGCUAAUUAUGAUUGCCCUGCACCGUCAUAUGAAGAAGGCAGCCAUUCUGAUUCUUCAGUCAUAACAAUAUCUCCAGAUGAGACUGAGACCCAAGAGCUGGAUAUUAAUGUAGCCACUGUUAGUCAAGCACCAUGGGAUGAUGAAACUCCAGGGCCGUCUUAUUCAAGUUCAGAGCAGGUACACGCUGCCAUGUCGUCCCUUUUAAAUACUUCUGACAGUUCAGAUGAAGAACUUGUAACAGGAGGAACCACAUCUCAGAUACAAGGAGCACAAACCAAUGAAGAUCUAAAUAAUGACAGCGAUUCUUCUUCAGAUAAUUGUGUCAUUGUUGGAUUUGUUAAACCACUAGCUGAGAGGACCCCAGAACUUGUUGAACUAUCCUCUGAUUCUGAGGAGUUAGGCUCUUAUGAGAAAAUGGAGACAGUGAAGACACAAGAACAAGAGCAGUCUUACAGUUCUGGUGAUAGUGAUGUUAGUAGAUGUUCAUCUCCACACUCUGUCCUUGGGAAGGCUGAGCGCAUAAAUAAAGGUCAUUGUGAUUCUGGUACAAGAAUCAAAUCAAAGAAGGAAGAGAAACGAUCCACAUCAUCAUCUCCCAGAGACCUGAGUUCAUCUGUGAGAGGAGACAGAGUUUAUUCUCCACAUAACCAUAGACACAGAAAGAGGGGAAGAUCAAGAAGUUCAGAUUCAUGUUCCCAGAACAGGAGUGGGCAUGAUCAGAAGAAUCGUAGAAAGCAUCAUGGUAAGAAAAGAAUGAAAAGCAAACAAUCCAGAAGCAGAGAGAGUAGCAGACCUAGAGGUAGACGAGACAAAAAGAGAUCAAGAACUAGAGAUAGCAGUUGGUCAAGAAGAAGCCAAACUCUGUCCCUAAGUAGUGAAAGCACAAGCAGAUCAAGGUCUCAUAGCAGUGAUCAUGGCAAAAGACGGUCACGGAGCAGAAACAGAGAUCGUUAUUAUUUGAGAAAUAAUUAUGGAAGCAGAUACAAGUGGGAAUAUACUUACUAUAGUAGAAACAAGGACAGAGAUGGUUAUGAGUCAUCUUAUAGGAGGAGGACUCUGUCCAGAGCUCAUUAUUCUAGACAAUCUUCAAGUCCAGAAUUUAGAAUUCAGUCCUUUUCUGAAAGGACAAAUGGUAGAAAAAAGAAUAAUCACAGUGAAAGGAAAUAUUAUUACUAUGAAAGGCACAGAUCAAGGAGCCUGUCUAGUAAUAGAUCAAGGACUGCUUCAGCAGGGCCUGAUCGAGUAAGAAGUGAAAAGCCUGGAGGGAAACGAAAAUAUAAAACACGGCAUUUAGAGGGUACUAAUGAAGUGGCUCAACCAUCCCGUGAAUUUGCUUCUAAAGUAAAAGACAGUCAUUACCAAAAAUCUUCAUCAAAAUUAGAUGGAAACUAUAAGAAUGAGAGUGACAGCUUUUCAGACAGUCGAUCAUCAGACAGAGAGACAAAACACAAGAAGAGAAAAAGGAGGACCCGGAGCCUAAGUGUAGAGAUAGUUUAUGAAGGGAAAGCUACUGAUACAACUAGACAUCAUAAAAAGAAAAAGAAGAAACACAAGAAGAAGCAUAAGAAACACCACGGAGACAAUGCUUCGCGUUCCCCAGUUGUAAUUACCAUCGACAGUGAUAGUGAUAAGGAUUCUGAAGUUAAGGUAGAUCCAGAAUAUGACAAUAGUGGUCCUCCACACUCUGUACAAAAUGAGUUUUUGCCUCCUUCGUUGGACCCGUUUGAAACUAAAGAUGUAGUUACAAUAGAAGAUGAAUUUGGUAUCCUGGACAAGGAGUGUGAUAUUACCACACUCACUAACAACCUGGAUGAUGCCAACAAAACUGUGAGUAAUAUUCUACCCCAGGCAACUUCAACUGAACAAAAUCUUGAUGUAAGAGAAGAGAGCACAUUUGCUUCUGACUUGGAGACCCACCCCAGUAAUGUAUCUGUUCACACUGAGCCAUCAAGGCAAUUGCCAUCUCCACGGACAUCAUUAAUGUCAAUAUCUCUUAGUAGAGACCAUGUUAUGUCUUAAAACUGCCAAAGCAUCUCAUUGAGAAUUCUGAUUGUCUGAAAAGAAGGAAAUAAUGAAAGGAACAAUGUCAUCUACUGUGGUCUAUUUAAAGAUGACUCUUGAUGAAAACUCUUUUUUCCAUUAAAAUAAUUUUAAGUGUUUUUUUGUGUUAAAAAUUUGUAUGAAAGCAUUUUAUUUGUUUGAAAGUUAUGUUAAGUCCCACCUUCAGAGAUAUGCACUUUUAAGUGAAGAAAAUGAUAUUGCUAGCAAUUUAUUUAAAACUUGGGCUCCUUUUUAAAUAAAAAAUGUAAAUUUUAGAAGUUAUUUCAUAAAGCCAUAUGGUAUUGACAUAUUUUUAAAGUAGUCAAUGAGUAUUUUUGAAUUUUUUGUUUUUCUGAGAGUUAUUCUGAAAAUGUGUUAUAAGCUAGAGGAAUCCCUUUGGACAGUCUUUAUUUUUCUUCUUAAAGGCAAAUUUGUAUGGAUUCAAAACUUUCUUCAGGUUAAAUUGGGGCAUUUUAAUCUGCACAGUUUAUGUUGACAUCUGCCAAAAGAAAAAUUUAAACAUUUCCUUUAUAUACUUGUUUAUCUGGACUGCCAGUAAAACAAAUGUGUAUUCAACUAAAGAAAAAAAUAAAACAGCAACACUUUAAAACAAGAAUUCAGACAUUUUUCUAUGUAAGAAUUGAUUUAAAAAAAAAAAAAAAGUUAUGGAGCUAAAACCUUGAAAAUAGCUAAGGAUAUAGUUGUGUCAUAAAUACUGAAUUUCAGAUGAUCUACAUUUACCCUCACAGUUUUAAUGACUGUUUUAGUUCCUUAGUCCGAGUAUGAGUAGUAUCUUACUUGCUUUCUGUGUCAAGCAAAAUGCAGUUAUUUAACAUUUAGCUUACUAGAAAAAAAACCCUU